AUGCCGCAUUCAUUCUAUCCAACGGAUCAGGAAUGGGUUCUUCGGAACUUGGCCCCUCGUGAAUUCCUUCGCCCUACCGCAGCUGCCCUGGACAAAGCCUACAUCCAUGGCCCUUUCAUCGAUGCAAUUAGCUUUGGUUGCAAUGCUGUCUGGGCAGGGGAUUGCUUAGACAUUGUUCCCAUUACAUAUCUAGAUGAAGGGGGCCCAUGGAAGGACAUUGGUGAUCAAGUUGCGCAGGAUAUAGAGAGAAUUUGGAAAAGGAAGUUCGGUGAGAAUUGGAGAAUCCACGUACAAGAGAAAGAGAGGCCUAAAUACGAGGAUAGAAUGCGCACAGAACGGUUGAUCACUGAAUGGUCCAAGGACUCGGGCACGAAUCUGGCUCGCGAGACAGAUACAGAGUAA